AUGGAUCCUUUGCCCAAAGACGGCGAGAGCGCGGCAGCCGGGGAGCCCAGCCGGGGCGCUGCCCCUUCCAGCGGGGUGGUGGUGCAGGUCCGGGAGAAGAAGGGUCCCCUGCGCGCCGCCAUCCCCUACAUGCCGUUUCCCGUGGCUGUCAUCUGCCUUUUCCUCAACACCUUCGUGCCGGGGCUGGGAACAUUUGUCUCAGCUUUCACGGUGCUGUGCGGCGCCCGGACCGACCUGCCCGACCGGCACAUGUGCUGUGUCUUCUGGCUGAACAUUGCUGCUGCCCUGAUUCAGAUCCUGACGGCGAUUGUGAUGGUUGGCUGGAUUAUGAGUAUAUUUUGGGGGAUGGACAUGGUCAUUCUUGCAAAACACCACCAGAAUCCAGGCUUAGAUACUCUGCGGCCAAGCAGCCCAAACUGCGCAGCUCGCUGGGUGACAGCCCCAAAACUGCCAGGGGCUGGGGGCAAGUCCCGCACCGGCGACACCCAGGCGCCCCCCUCCCUUCCCCUGCGCCGCCUCAGCCGAGGGAGCAUCGCCACCUACCGGCCUCCGGGGGAAGCGCCGCGGACAGCCGCGGCCUGGGGAGCCCGGCUGGAGAGCACGGUUCCGCCACAGCGCAGGGCGUGGUGUGUGGCAGCAAAGGAGCAAGGUGAUUUCCAGAGCAGCAGGAUCCCGGCGCUGUCGCACACAUCCCCAAGCCAGAGGGGAUGA